UUGUAAUGAAAACUUCUUAGAAGCCCCCCAAGAAUUUCAUAUUCCACUCACAGGCAAGCCGGUUUGUGAUGCAAUGAAGGCUUCGUUGAAGACUAGGUAUGACACCGACAAACGCGCCGCCGCCGCAACAGUGGCCGUCAAAGCCGGCGACCUCAAGCUCCGAGCUUCCAUGACUGACGCCACUGUCGUCAAAGGUCCCAGCUUAAACGGCUUAGCCCUCGCCGUUGAAAAACCCGGCUUCUUCAUCAUCGACUACAACGUCCCCAAAAAGGAUUUUAGGUUUCAGUUUAUGAACACAGUUAGGGUUGCAGAGAAACCAUUGAAUUUGACUUACAUUCACAGUAGAGGCGAUAACCGGACGAUACUGGACGGGACGUUGGUGUUCGAUUCGGCGAACAAGGUUUCGGCGAAUCACGUGCUUGGUUCGGGGAAUUGCAAAUUGAAGUAUAGUUAUGUGCAUCAAGGGGUGACCACGUUCGAGCCCAGCUACGAUUUGAACAAGAAUUCUUGGGAUUUUGCUGUGGCAAGGAGGGUUUAUGGUGAUGAUGUGUUUAGGGCUUCAUAUCAGACUUCGAGCAAGGCGUUGGGGCUCGAAUGGUCGAGGAAUUCGAAGUUAAAUGGGUGCUUUAAGAUUUCAGCUGCUGUCAAUUUAGGAGAGGAGCUAAUAAAAAUGCCAAAGUUAAGUGCCGAGACAACAUGGGAUUUUGAAAUGUGAUCUUUCUUUUCAUCCCCUGGUUUCAUUUGCCUGUUGUGAUCAUUCCAAUUUGGACAAACUAUCUGGCUCUAUAACCCCCAAGGCAGAAAAGACCUAUACUCCUGAACAUCAACUUUUGCACUUGUAUCUUUUAUAUUUAUGGUGAGCUGAUUACCUUGCUACAGCCGUCUCCGUAAGCAUUUUUUUUUAACAUCAAAAUGUUCUUCUCAUUCUUACUUGUGAACUUUUGGUCUCUAUUGUUGCAAAAUGUUGCAGAUGAUUUUAUAAACAUUGGCUCAGUAUCCUCUACAUUUUCUAUCAAUACAAUUCUUAUGUUCGGAAACC